AUGGACGAACUAUUAGGAGCUAUAUAGCAAAGAAAAGCCAAAAUAACUGAGAUUCAAGAGGCUAUUUAUUAGAUCAAGGGUAAUUAACAACAAGAGAGAUUGACUGUAUACUCGAUGGUAAGGAAGUUGAAGGAAGAGGAGAAAAUAAGGGUGGAGAAAGAGAAUUGGAUCAUAGGAGUGAUUCGAAACACAAAAUCAUAUAAUGAAGAAUAAAUGUGGUAAUAUAUGAUGGCAUCAUUAGUCACAUCUAUGUCAAGACAAACGAAAUGAUGAAAGCAAUCAGCAAUCAAUUUUUAGAAAUCCCCUACGUUCCUACAUGUAAUUUGUACUAAUACUUGGAAAAUUAUUACAUCCUUCAUUCUAGCUUUCAGAAGCAUCUCAAUCAGGAGUCCCAAUUAAAAGUACAAUUCAAGCAGGCUGUCAGAGCUGGUAACAUCUCAUUAGUGACUGAUCUAAUUAAGUCUCUUUUAGGAACUUCUCGCAAACAAUACAGAGACUUUGUUGAUGAAUUGAGCAAUCAAGUUAAAAAGGAACCAUCUCCUUAGAAGGUUAGAAUAGAAAAUCAACGCAUUCGGUCUUCAACACAAAAGAUUGAAGAAGUCAAAUUAGUUGAAAAACCGCUUACAACUACUAUGAUCAGUAGGGUUGACAGAAUUAAACGAAAACAAAUGACGAUUUCUAAAAUACAAAGGUAAUUAUCUAUUAGUAAAAACAGUUCAUGUGAUCUAUCUCCAACCACUGAGACUCCUUCUUUGUAUCUCAGAAACAAAUUCAGGGAAGUUGAAAAAACUCCAUUCACUUCUAUGUUUGCAAAUAUCUAUUCUGCCAUUGACGAUCUGGAUGAACUUAAUAUGUAGGUCUGUGAUUAUCAAACAGUCAAGAGACAAACUCAAAAUUAUGAGGAGUUUAAGACCAAUUAUGAUGCUCUUUGUGAUAAGAUUCGAUUGAGAAACAAUCUUAUUCAAUAGAGUGUUUUUGAUUACACCAAUUAUGCUUUAAAAAGGUAAUAUUAAUAUAUAAUUAAUAUAGGGUCUAAAAUGUUGAAAUCGAAUAUCCGAAUCUGAUCAAAGAAAAAUAUACUACAUUGCAGAACAAUCAGGAUUAUCACUUCUGUAACAUUCAAUUGAAACCCAUUUUCGACAGUUUAUGUCCUUGCAUGCAAAAACAAAUUGUUCAACACAAACCUUCACCAAUUAAAAACAAGGUGAUCAUCCGAAAGUCAGUCCAAUAGAUUAAAAAGUAGGUAAUUAAUGUAUAUAAGUAGUCUGAUUAACUAUCCAAAAAAGAAUAGAUUGACGUGAGCAAACAUAAUAAUAGUCCUAGUAACAAUGGGAAGUCUAAACAGUAGAUGCCACCAAUUAGGUUUUACAAAGAGACACAACUGAUUAAGGCUCAUCCAAGAGCAUUAUCAGCCAAUAAUCAACAACAACCUGUAAAAUACUUGACUUGCUCAAGUUUUAUUGAGAAUCCUAUUGCAAUCAAAACUAAUCUCUUAGUUCGCAGCACUUAUGAAUGA